AUGGCAUACGUGGAUCACGCGUUUUCGAUUUCAGACGAGGAUAUCAUGAUAGGAACCUCGUACACUGUCAACAACAAACCCCCAAUCAAGGAGAUCGCCCUCGCCGUUUCGCUUCUCGUCUUCGGUUUUCUCAGUAUCAUCAUCGGUUUCGUCAUGGCUUAUAAACAUGUCGGCGGUGACACUGUUCAUGGUAUAUUCUUUGCAAUACUGGGAAUGUUAUUGUUCAUACCGGGUUUCUACUACACACGGAUUGCAUAUUAUGCUUACAAAGGUUACAAAGGGUUCUCUUUCUCUAACAUACCUCCUGUUUAG